AUGGUGGUGCCGUCGGUGUUCGCCGCCUUCGACAAGGACGGCGACGGCAAGGUGUCCGCGUCCGACCUGCGGUGCGGCAUGGCGGCGACCCUGGGCGAGGACGUAUCGGAGGAGGAGGCGGCAGUGAUCCUGGCCGCGGUGGACGCCGACGGCGACGGGCUGCUGAGCCAAGAAGAGUUCUCGAGGCUAGCCGCCGGUGCCCACGAAGAGGACGACGUUGACGUGAGGCAAUGCUGUCUGAGGGAGGCGUUCGGGAUGUACGCAUCAUCAUCCACGGAAGCCACGACGACGACGAUGAUUACGCCGGCGAGCCUGAGGCGGACGCUGAGCAGGCUGGGCUCUCACGAACUGGGCGUGGACGAGUGCACGGCAAUGAUCUGCAGAUUUGACCUCGACGGCGACGGUGCCCUCUCGUUCGAUGAGUUCCAAGUCAUGAUGAUGGCCUGAUCAUCGACUCUCUUCAUGGCAUUUUUCAAGACAGAUAUAGUGUUCACUUAAUUCAUGGAUCGAUCACAUUCACAUACUAUGUAUGUGUUCAUUCUUUCUUUGUUUUGCUCGCACGAUAACCCUUGAUUUCUAUGGAUACGUGU